UCUGCGGAGAUCUCCGUGCCAGCAGCAUCACCUGAAUGCUCUCGGCAGCUUGUGGGUGUCAGCUGUAGAUGUGCUACAUGGUUCCCAGUCGCUUUGCGCUGCACUCUGCCAUUCAUGUGCCUGUGUCUCUGCGUGUGGCACAGGAUGAAGGGCUGCUUCUUCACGUUUAAGAUCGGAGUUUGUGCGUACACUCGCUCGCACACAUGCCCAAACUCCUGCCUGAGAACCUUCUCGCUGUCCUUCACUGCUUGGGUCAGAUUUUAUCAUGAUCCUCACUAUAUUGUGGGCAAUGACAGACACGCGCGCUCACAUGGGCAGCGCCCAUUCACCAGCAGGGGGGACCUAAGAAUUUGUCAUUGUUAUUUUUUUUAAUUAACUCUCAAAGUCAGCGUGUCCUUCACCUGUCCGGCACUCUCAGUUUCCUUCUAACUUCCUUACUAAUCCACUUUGCUCCUAACUCUGACUGUCAAGCAGCAUCUCUUUCCCCAUUUAGUGAAAGCUUUUUGCAUGCAUCGUCCAGCUACAUUGAGGGUACGUUUAUUUCAUACCCGGUUACCAUGCUUCUCUGCCUUUGUCUGAACAGUAAGGGAAGCCAAAGUGCCCAGUGUAGCUACCUGGCGGUGGGAGGCGUUCUGAACGCUGACGCCGAAUAGCAGGGAAACAGUAAAUCAGUCUCCGAAAGAGAGCGAGUGUUUCACACGCUGUCUACCUGAUUCAUUAGCUUGCUGUAGUUAAGCAUUGACGUGAUUUGACAGCAGCUUACGCCAGCAGACCUUUUUAUGGCUCUGCUUCUUUGUCCUGGCUUUUAUAACAAGCAUCCAUAGGUAUUCAAGCGUCCGUUUUUGAUCGUAGAUAAAUUCCGGUAUCAUGAAUUUUUAUACCUGUCCCAGAAUACAGAAGGAUGGGUGGGUGGAUGGAUUGUAUUGCAAUAAUUAAUAGCUUUAUGGUUUUAAUCAGAUCCUGUUUCAUUCUUCACAAUAAAACGCCACUGUGAUCAUAGCUGCGUAUUUGAAUAUAUCCCCUGAUUCAUUAUUACAGGGAUUCAGAUGAUAUUAUUACUCUGAAAAUGUUACGCUAAAUCCUUGGCUACAUUGGAUCUCCAUUGGUCCAGACCAUUAUCUGGGCCCUUUGUGUUCCCAGACCCCCACUUACAUCCGCUCCUAGGGCUCGACAGUGCCUCGACAGUCUUGUGAUAUGUUUUACAGGAAAUCUUCUGAAGUAUAUCAUCUGUCUUCGUAUCACUUUCAACUGCGUUUCUAAAAGUUCCCGACUUGCUCUGCCCACUGUAUUUUUUCUCUGUCGUCAGCUUCUUCAUUUUUAUCAACUUUAACUGCUUAAUAAAUGACGCCUGUCCCUUCACUCUGGCUGUGAUUGAUACUUCCCCUACGGUUAAUGUUUAAUGCUGACCUUGUGUUAAAGUCAGAGUAACGGGGACUCAGCGGGAGUAACACUGGUGUACCCAAACACAGCAUGCCCAAGGGGACUACAGCACGGGAGGUCGGUUAGAGCUUUAGAGCUCACGUCUGAAGACUCAGCCAAUGGCUGCAGGAUCAGCCAGAGAUCCGGCACAACGUGGUCGCCACCGGCAGGGCCGGGGCCGUGAAGGUCAUCCGGCCGGUGCCUCCGAUGCAUCCGGGGGGUGGGGGAUGCGUUCAGAUGUUGGAGGCAGCACCGUUUCCUGGUAGCGAGAUUCGAGGUGGCAGUCUGCGUAAAGACGGCCUUCGUGCAGGAUGGUGUGUGAGAGUUCAGAGGCAUGGACGGAUCAUAUAUAUAGGUCUUUAUGGUGAGUACAAGGAGCAGCUAGGCAGUGGGGCUCAGAGGGAAGCCACCACCCGACUGCUGACAGAGAAGCAAUGGGGGGGGCAUGUGGGGGACACGCCCAUGGCACCGCUCACCCCCAGCCACCCCCAGCCUGUUGCCAUGGAGACAGGAGCCCCAUCUUCGGGACUCAGCAACACCCCCCCAGCGAAGAAGCCGCAGCCGUACUCCGUAUGCCGAGAGUGUGUGGCGCGGAUACAGAAGUACCUCAUCACCAAACUGGGAGAGGACUGGAUCUUCCUGGUUUUGCUAGGCUUCACCAUGGCUUUGGUCAGCUGGUCCAUGGACUACGCCAGUGCCAGGAGUCUGCAAGUGUAUAAGUGGAUGUACCGGGAGCUGCGGGAGAACGUGCUGCUGCAGUUCCUGGCCUGGGUCACCUACCCCAUGGUCCUCAUCAUCUUCUCCUCCCUCUUUUGCCAUCUGGUCGCACCCCAGUCUGUCGGGUCCGGAAUCCCAGAGAUAAAGACCAUCCUCCGAGGGGUGAUCCUGAAGGAGUACUUGACCCUCAAGGCCUUUGUGGCCAAAGUGAUUGGCCUGACUGCCAGCCUAGGGAGCGGCAUGCCCCUGGGCAAGGAGGGUCCCUUUGUUCACAUCGCCAGCAUCUGCGCUGCCGUGCUCAGCCGGUUCAUGUCACUCUUCUCGGGUGUGUAUGAGAAUAUGGGCCACAAACAGGACCUGUUAGUUUGUGCGUGUGCUGUGGGAGUGGCCACCUGUUUCGCUGCCCCUAUAGGAGGAGUGUUGUUCAGUAUUGAGGUUACAUCUACCUCUUUCGCUGUGAGGAAUUACUGGAGGGGAUAUUUUGCUGCCACCUUCAGUGCCUUCAUAUUCCGAGUGCUGGCCGUGUGGAAUAAAGAUGCCGUUACCAUCACCGCUCUCUUCCGCACCAAUUUCCGGAUGGAGUUUCCCUUCGACCUUCAGGAGCUGCCAGCGUUUGCCAUUAUUGGCAUCUCUUGCGGAUUUCUCGGUGCCUUUUUCGUUUUCCUGAAUCGCCAAGUGGUGCUGGUGAUGAGAAAACAGAAUGCCCUGACCCGCUUCCUGACCAAACACCGACUGCUUUACCCUGCCGUGGUGACCUUAGUUAUCGCAUCGCUGACCUUUCCCCCUGGAUUUGGACAGUUCAUGGCCGGAGAGUUAAUGCCGAGAGAAGCAAUUAACUCCCUGUUUGAUAAUUACACCUGGACCAAAAUCUGGGGCUCCCCUCUCCCGCCCGGCCUUGGCCGCUCGACGGCAUGGCUGCACCCCCAAGUCAAUGUCUUUUUCAUCAUCAUUCUCUUCAUUGUCAUGAAGUUCUGGAUGUCUGCUGUUGCCACGACGAUGCCCAUCCCAUCAGGUUCCUUCAUGCCGGUCUUCGUCUUGGGAGCAGCAUUUGGUAGAUUAGUGGGUGAGAUCAUGGCUACCCUCUUCCCCAACGGCAUCCUCUUUGAUGGCAUGGUGUACCGUAUCCUGCCAGGAGGAUACGCAGUCAUCGGGGCCGCUGCCAUGUCAGGGGCUGUCACCCACACGGUGUCCACAGCAGUGAUCUGCUUCGAGCUGACAGGUCAGAUCUCUCACAUCCUGCCCAUGAUGGUGGCUGUCAUUUUGGCCAACAUGGUGGCCCAAGGGUUGCAGCCCUCGCUGUACGACUCCAUCAUUCAGAUCAAGAAGCUGCCUUACCUCCCAGAGCUGGGAUUAGGGCACAUCAGCAAGUACAACAUCUUUGUGGAGGAUAUUAUGGUGAAGAAAGUGAAGUUCGUUUCCUCAAGGUCCACAUACAGAGAGCUUAAAAGCCUGCUGCAGUCCACAUCACUGAAAACUCUCCCGCUGGUCGAAUCAGAGGAUUCAAUGAUCCUUCUGGGCUCGGUUGAGACGGCAGACCUUCAGGUGAUCUCUGAUUGGUGGCUCUCAAAUGAGCGCAGGCUCCUCUGCCAGGGCCGAGGACUGGCAUCCAGGGUCAGCUGGGAAUCAUUCGCCUUCGUGGACGAGGAGGCAGGGGAAGAGACGAGAGACAGGAGCACCUCUGUGCAGGAGGAGCAAAACGGGCCCCUCCCACCUCCUAAACCCCAGGAGCCGCUAGCUAGCCACCCAGUUCCCAACCAAGGCCCCCCGCGGGCUCUGAGGAACACCUUCCUGCAUUUCUUCUUCCCGUGUGCAGACAGACACAGCGAUGCGCAGGCAUACAGAACACCUUCUCUUGUGGAUACAAUGACGCCAGAAGAGAUCAAAGCCUGGGAGGAAGCGGAGCUGGACAAGCAAAUAGACAUCGAGCAGCUCCGUGUGGACCCCUCCCCUUUCCAGCUGGUGGAGAAGACCUCCCUGCACAAGACUCACGCCCUGUUCUCCCUGCUGGGCAUCAGUCACGCUUACAUUACCAGCAUUGGGAAGCUAGUUGGAGUCGUUGCCCUGAAGGAGCUCCAGAAGGCCAUCGAGGGCUCCACCCGCAGUGGGGUGCGCCUACGCCCCCCGCUGGCCAGUUUCCGUGAAGCCAGUCGAAAGGCUAAGAAGCCAGCCCAGGCUCCCUCUGCCCCUUCCUCCCCGAAGGACGGCUGGAAAGAGGGUUCCAGGAGAGACCCCAAUGAUGGUACAGGUGCAGGAGGUGCGGGGGCGGGAGGGGGUACUUCUGGUGAUGGGACACCGGUCGCUGAGAGGGGACCGGUAAGUCCCCAGACAUCCCCCACAUCCUCCUUGUCCAUCGCUCUAUCAGCUCUCCGACCUACCCUGAAGCGGAAGAGGGAUGUGGAGAAACAAAGUGAGGAAGAGCAAAUCUAGACAAAGCAGGCAUAAGGUGGUCACGUGACCAUGCCGUAUCAAAAAGACUCAUUUUCUCGUCUUCUUAUUAUUUGGUGGCUGUGUACUCAUCUGGAGGUGCUUUCAAGGUUGGCGAAAACGUAUGAGAAUGCACUUGGUGCAACUAAAGUACAUAAAGAAUGAUACAGGCCACCGGGAGCUUAUGGGAAAUGUAGUUCUAUUGUGUAGUUUCCAUACUGACACUUUUAUCUUAUCUAUAAGGUGUCUUUUCUCAUUUUCCGUUUCUCAGGAUUUAUUUCUUAAGUCUAUAAUUUGCAAAAGAAUGAAUGGUCGAUUUUCUCUCUCUAUUUUGAUGUAUGCUUUUUAAGUGCCUGUCCGUGCUUUUUGAUUUACUCUUGGAUGUUUUCGUUGAUCAGCUCUGGUAAUCAGCGUGCUUGUGAAAAGCACACGUCCACCCCAUGUAUGUUUGUCUGUCUACGGCAGUAACUGUCAGGAAUGUAUGAAAAGGGAAUCAGCUCUUUUGUUGUGAUUUAGUUUUUUUUGUGAUUAAACCUUCAUUUUUAGACAAUUUGUGUAAGUUAACUAAUGAAUGUAUUUACUUAAUUCAGUCAACAGAUUACAACAGUUAUUCAUACUGAUUAUUAUUACUAUGUAUAAUAAAUACUGAAUUUAUCUAGA